GAAGCGUAUCUGCGCACGUUGUCAUACGUCUUGGAACUAAAUUCCCACUUUUAGAUCGGGUAACUGUCCGACGUUAGACAGGAAGACCGUGCCUAGUCACAACAGCAAACGAUUUGAAUGCGAAAAUAUCGAUAAAGAAGAUCCUCAUUCGGCGUAGUUGUUCAGUCUGCUGCCUGGCUAUAUAUAAAGGUGCCCUGGCAGUCUAUGGUCGGCUUCUUAGCCCAUUACAAUAGGAUAGAACUAUGGCUUCGUCUAGCGUGCCAAAUUUAUACUAUAGUGUAAUUGAAGAUGUUAUUGCUAAUGUGAGAGAAGCAUUCAUUGAUGAAGGUGUUGAUGAGCAAGCUUUAACAGAGCUAAAACAGGUUUGGGAAAAGAAACUGCAUGAAUCAAAAGCAAUUGAAAGGGAACCAGAGACUGCUGUGAGUAAAAAUGUUACUCAAACAACUCUUCAGCCAGUUCAGCAACAAACAAAUCUAGGUCCUUCAGCUUCUAUUACUCAUCAGUUAGCUAUGCCUCCCACAAACCUAGUUCCACAGACACUGCUGCAAUAUACUACUCCUGCUUCGGGUGAUGUUCAAAAAACAAUGGCAUUAAAUUUACCUCAAAAGUUAACUCUUACUGUGCCUGCCCACCUUGCUCAAUCAGGUUUACAGACUUUAGUCACUGCUCCUGGAACUACAGCUGUACAACUUCCACCUGAACUAGCAUCUUUGUUUCAAGGCAAUGUAAUUGCAUCAACUCAUUCCAGCAAUUUACAGCAUGGUGGUCAGCAAAUAACAGGAGUUCACUAUCAAACUUUAACUAGUGAGCAGUUAAAGAAUGCUCAACAGUUUACUGUUACUAUACCUGUAACAACUCCACAGUCACAGGCUAGUGUUAUUGGCCAAAUUGAUGGGACACAGGACACAAGUGAUGAGGAUGAUGAAGAUGAUUUUCCAGACAAUGAUGAUGAUAGAGAUGAUAAUGAUGAUGAACAAAAUGAGGAUGAUAUUGGAGAAGAAGAUGAGGUAACAUGAUGAACAAGUUUUAAG